UUAGAAAAAAUGGUACUACGCUAGUUCCGUGUAUCUGACAUGUAUCUGCCGGAGAGCGGAGCCCUCAGCUUCCUCAACACUGAUGGUGAAUAGCAGCUGGUGCGGUAACGGGAGGAGGAGCAGUAGCCGCAGAAGGAGACCCAGCAGUGGUAGUACAGCGGUAGUUUGGGAUUCAGUUUUCUAUCUUUUUACACCGACUUGUAACAUCGGAUCUCCCUAAAAAAAGAGAGCGGGGAAGGGAACAUUAAAGAAAGAUGGCGGCCGCGGCCUCGCCGGGCUCCUGCUCGUCCACCUCCUCAGACUGGAUUGUACUGAGAGACGGUUGUCUACGUUGCGACGAGGAGGGCCUGCGCAGCCUCACCUAUCACCCGGCCCUCAACGCUAUCCUGGCCGUAACAAGCCGGGGCAGUAUCAAAGUCAUCGACGGCACUUCAGGGGCCAUACUCCAGGCCUCGGCUUUGCACGCCAAACCUGGAGGGCGCGUGCGGUGCCAGUACUUCCCGGCCGUGGACAAGGUCCUGUUCGUGGACGACUACGCCGUGGGCUGCAGGAAGGACCUGAACGGCAUCCUGCUGCUGGACACCGCCCUCCAGGCCCCCGUCUCCAAGUCUGAGGAUGUGGUCCAGCUGGAGCUGCCCGUCACGGAGGCCCAGCAGAUGCUGUCCGCCUGCCUGGAGAAGGUGGACGUGUCGGGCGCAGAGGGAUACGACCAGUUCAUCACGCAGCUGAAGGACGGGCUGAAUAAUACCUCACACGAGACGGCAGCCAAUCACAAAGUGGCCAAGGUGAGGGGGCCCGGCGGGAGGCACCCGUCCCAGAAGGAGAGCAUGGAGGUGAACCUGGGCGUGACGGCGCUCAGCGUGCUGCAGCAGCCCGAGAAGCUGCAGUGGGAGGUGGUGGCCAGCGUGCUGGAGGACACCGUCAAGGACCUGGAGGAGCUGGGCGCCAACCCCUCGCUGGCCCAGGCCAAGGCCGACAAGGCCAAGGACAAGCCUGCCGAGCACCACAACAUUCCCUUCCCCUGCCUGCUGGCGGGGGGGCUGCUGAGCUACCGCUCGGCCGCCGGCUCCCCCCUGGCCGCGCCCCCGCCCCCGCGCCGGCCCCUGGACGGCCUGGCCAGGACUCAGGGCCCAGAGGCCCCCGCCGACCCGGCGCCCAUGGAGAUCGAGGCGUGCGGGCCGCCCCCCCCGCCCGCGGUGCGCAGGACUAUGCCCGUGCUGCUGCUCUACAGCAUCAAGGAGUCGGACGAGAAGUCGGGCAAGGUGUUCGCCCAGAUGAACAACCUGAUGAGCAAGAGCCUGCACGAGGAGGGCUUCUCCGUGCCGCAGAUCAUCGAGAUGGAGUUCGACACGCACGAGCAGCUGCUGCUGCAGGACCCGCCCAUCACCUACAUCCAGCAGUUCGCCGACGCCGCCGCCAGCCUGGCCGCGCUGGACGGCGACAAGUGGAGCUCGCUGGUGCCCAAGGCGGGCGCCCUGGUGCAGUGCCUGCGGCUGCCCAAGCCGCUGGAGGAGGAGAACCUGUACGUGGACUCCAUCACGCCCUGCACGGACGGCGUCCACCUGCUGGUGGGCCUGCAGCCCUGCUCGGUGGAGUCGCUCAGCGCCAUCAACCAGGUGGAGGCGCUCAACAACCUCAACAAGCUGCACUCGGCGCUGUGCGGGCGGGGCCCGGGCGAGCUGCAGACGCUGCCCGGCCUGGCCAACGGGACGGGGCUGCGGGGCCAGGCCCACGAGGGGCACGCCGGCGCGCCCGCCCAGACGCCGCUCAUCCUGCCGCCCGAGGAGCAGCCGCGCGCGCCCGGCGGCGGCUACCUGGCGCUCUACAAGCUCAACUACUCCACCCGCAUCGUCACGCUGGAGGAGGAGCCCGUCAAGGUGCAGCACAUCCGGGACGCCCGCGACGCCGUCACCUCGCUGCUGCUGCUCCCGCCGGACGUGCUGGACGGGCGGGAGGACGACAGCGACGAGGCGCUGGAGGAGACCCCGCCCGGGCUGAAGAACGGCACCGGCUCCGCCUCCGCCGCCGCCGCCGCCGCCGCCAAGGAGAAGCGGGGGGACGCGGCGGGGCUGGGCCACCUGGUGGUCACCACUCAGGGAGGGUGCAUCAUGAUCCUGGACCUCUCCAGCCUGGACGUCCUGGCCAGGGUGGAGCCGCCCAAGAAGGACGGGACCGAGGAGCCCGACCCCUUCGUUUCGGUCACCUACUGCUCCGGGACGGACCGGCUCUGCGCUUGCACUAAAGGUGGAGAACUUCAUUUCCUUCAAAUUGGAGGUGUGUGUGACGAUAUCGAUGACGGCGACAUAUUUGUCGAUGGCCCCCUUUCUAAAGGGGCAGAACAGCUGUCAGAAGGGACUAAGCCAUCCUCGAACCCUUCAAGUCCAGGGAUCACAGGAGUUGACCUUCUGGUGGACCAAACGCUGGGCGUGGAGACGCUGACGUCGCUGGUGGAGCUGACGCGCUUCGAGACGCUGACGCCCCGCUUCUCGGCCACGGUGCCGCCCUGCUGGGUGGAGGUGCAGCAGGAGCAGCAGCAGCGCCGCCACCCCCAGCACCUGCACCAGCAGCACCACGGGGACGCCGCCCAGCACACCCGCACCUGGAAGCUGCAGAGUGACAGCUCCAGCUGGGACGAGCACGUGUUUGAACUAGUCUUGCCCAAGGCCUGCAUGGUGGGCCAUGUAGACUUCAAGUUUGUCAUGAACGCCAACAUCACCAACAUUCCUCAGAUCCAGGUCACCCUGCUGAAGAACAAGGCCCCGGGCCUGGGCAAGGUUAACGAGACCGCAGUGGACAGGCAGAUCUCCUUCCCCCUGUCGCACGUUCUCCACGCCAACGGGGAGAGGAACGGACAGCCACUGCUACACGACUUCACCGAAGACAUCCAGUUCAUGGACGUGGAGGAGACGCCGGGGUCAAGGCUCUGCUCCUUUUUGGAGGACCAUAAGGAAGAUAUCCUUUGUGGGCCUGUGUGGUUAGCCAGUGGGCUUGACCUCUCCGGGCAUGCUGGGAUGUUGAGUCUAACAAGCCCCAAACUAGUCAAAGGCAUGGCCGGAGGCAAGUACCGCUCCUUCCUGGUGCACAUCAAGGCGGUGAGCGAGAAGGGCAUGGAGGAGAGCCCCCGGCCCGUGGUGAGGAUGCCCACGGCCAAGCCCCAGAGCAGCAAGGCCCACUCCUUAUCCUCGCUGCUGCAGCGGGCACAGGCCACCAAGGAGAAGGCCUCCACCUCCAAAACAGAGCCUCCGCCCCCCUCCAAAAAACCGGACGACCUCCGCGGGUGCGCGCUCCUCCAGGAGGUGUCCGUCACCAUCCGGAGGUUCAAGAAGACCUCCGUACCCAAAGAGAGAGUCCAGCGCUGCGCCAUGCUCCAGUUCCCAGAGUUCCACGAGAAGCUGCUGAACAGCCUGUGCAAGCGGGCGGAGGAGCGGCCGUCCACCGAGCACUCCCAGAGCCUGGUGCUGGACAUCCUGUGCUGGCUGGCCGGGGUCUACUCCAACGGGCCCUGCAGCCUGCGGGAGGGCAAGGAGGGCCUGCUGACGAAGACGAGGAGGCGCCUGACGGACAUCGUCAGGGUGUGCUUCUUCGAGGCGGGCCGCAGCAUCGCCCACAAGUGCGCCCGCUUCCUGGCGCUGUGCAUCAGCAAUGGCAAAGGGGACCCCAGUCAGCAGGGGUUUGGAUCCGCCCUGCUCAAGGCCUUGCUGGACAACAUGCCUUACCUGCCUGCGGCAGCCACGGGCGGCUCGGUGUUCUGGUACUUCGUGCUGCUGAACUACGUGAAGGACGAGGACCUGGCGGGCUGCAGCACGUCCUGCGCCUCCCUGCUGACCGCCGUCUCCCGCCAACUGCAGGACCGGCUGACGCCGCUGGAGGCCCUGCUGCAGACCAGGUACGGUCUGUACAGCUCUCCCUUCGACCCGGUGCUGUUCGACCUGGAGGUCAGCGGCUCGUCCUGCAAGAACGCCUUCAACAGCAGCAUCGGCGUGCAGUCCGACGAGAUCGACCUGUCCGACAUUCUCUCAGGGAAUGGUAAGGUAAGCAGCUGUGCGGCGGCGGAGGGGAGCUUCACUGCGCUCACUGGCCUCCUGGAGGUGGAGCCGCUGCACUUUACUUGCGUCUCCACUAGUGACGGUACUAGGGUGGAGAGGGAUGAUGCAAGUAUGUUCACCGUGAGCACGUUCGGCGUGACCCCGGCGGUGGGCGGGCUCUCGGCGGGCACGGUGGGGGAGGCGUCCACGGCGCUCAGCUCGGCUGCGCAGGUGGCGCUGCAGUCGCUGUCCCACGCCAUGGUGUCUGCGGAGCAGCAGCUGCAGGUGCUGCAGGAGAAGCAGCAGCAGCUGCUCAAACUUCAGCAGCAGAAGGCCAAGCUGGAGGCCAAGCUGCAUCAGACCACCUCUGCGGCGGCGGCGGUGUCCGCGGUGGGGCCCAUCCACAACUCGGUGCCCUCCAACCCCUCCAGCGCCCCCGGCUUCUUCAUACACCCCUCCGACGUCAUCCCGCCCACGCCCAAGACCACGCCCCUCUUCAUGACCCCGCCCCUGACCCCGCCCAACGAGGCGGUGUCGGCCGCCAUCAGCGUGGAGCUGGCGCAGCUGUUCCCCGCCUCCAUCAUCGACCCGCCGCCCGUCAACCUGGCGGCGCACAACAAGAACACCAACAAGGCCAAGCCGAACCCAAUGGGCAGCGGCCUGGCUCUGGCCAUCUCCCAGGCGUCCCACUUCCUCCAGCCCCCGCCUCACCAGUCCAUCAUCAUCGAGCGCAUGCACUCCGGAGCCCGGCGGUUCGUGACGCUGGACUUUGGCCGGCCGGUGCUGCUGACGGACGUGCUGAUCCCCACCUGCGGCGACCUGGCCUCCCUGUCCAUCGACAUCUGGACCCUGGGGGAGGAGGUGGACGGGCGCCGCCUGGUGGUGGCCACUGACAUCAGCACGCACUCGCUGAUCCUGCACGACCUCCUGCCCCCGCCCGUCUGCAGGUUCAUGAAGAUCACUGUGAUUGGGCGGUACGGCAGCACGAACGCGCGGGCCAAGAUCCCGCUGGGCUUCUACUACGGCCACACCUACAUCCUGCCGUGGGAGAGCGAGCUCAAGCUGAUGCACGACCCCCUCAGGGGGGAGAGCGAUGGGGCGGGCCAGCCCGACGUGGACCAGCACCUGGCCAUGAUGGUGGCCCUGCAGGAGGACAUCCAGUGCAGGUACAACCUGGCGUGCCACCGGCUGGAGACCCUGCUGCAGAACAUCGACCUCCCGCCGCUCAACAGCGCCAACAACGCGCAGUACUUCCUGCGCAAGCCGGACAAGGCGGUGGAGGAGGACACGCGCGUGUUCUCCGCCUACCAGGACUGCAUCCAGCUGCAGCUGCAGCUCAACCUGGCGCACCACGCCGUGCAGCGGCUGCGCGUCUCCCUGGGCGCCAGCCGCAAGCAGCUGCCCGAGGCCUACGACCCCCGGGAGCUGAUCCAGAACUCGUCCACCGAGCAGCUGCGCACCAUCAUACGCUACCUGCUGGACACGCUGCUCAGCCUGCUGCACUCGUCCAACGGCCACUCGGUGCCCUCGGUGCUGCAGAGCACGUUCCACGCCCAGGCCUGCGAGGAGCUCUUCAAGCACCUGUGCAUCAGCGGCACGCCCAAGAUCCGCCUCCACGCCGGGCUGCUCCUGGUGCAGCUGUGCGGCGGGGAGCGCUGGUGGGGCCAGUUCCUGUCCAACGUCCUGCAGGAGCUGUACAACUCGGAGCAGCUGCUCGUCUUCCCCCAGGACAGGGUCUUCAUGCUCCUGUCCUGCAUCGGCCAAAGAUCGCUGAGCAACAGCGGCGUGCUGGAGGGCCUGCUCAACCUGCUGGACAGCCUGCUGUCGCCCCUCCAGCAGCCCGCCGCGGCGGCCCCCCAGUGGCGCACCGAAGGUGUGCUGGACAUCCCCAUGAUCAGCUGGGUGGUGAUGCUGGUGUCCCGGCUGCUGGACUACGUGGCCAGCGUCGAGGACGAGGCCGCCGCCGCCAAGAAGCACCUGGGCGGCAAGGAGCGUGACCGCGUCAUCACAGGGAAUCAGUGGAGCUUUAUAAACAACAGCCUUCAGUCCCAGAACCUGAACAGAUCGACCAAAGGCAACAGCAGCCUGGACCGCUUGUACUCGAGGAAGAUCCGCAAACAGCUGGUCCACCACAAGCAGCAGUUAAAUUUAUUGAAAGCAAAACAGAAAGCUCUGGUGGAGCAAAUCGAGAAGGAGAAGAUCCAGAGCAACAAAGGCUCCUCUUACAAGCUGCUGGUGGAGCAGGCCAAGCUGAAGCAAGCCACGUCUAAGCACUUUAAGGACCUGAUCCGGCUGCGGCGGACGGCGGAGUGGCCGCGCUCCACGCUGGACACGGAGGCCACGGCGGCCAAGGAGGCGCCGGAGGUGGAGCCGCUGCCCUUCACGCUGUCGCACGAGCGCUGCAUCUCCGUGGUGCAGAAGCUCGCCCUCUUCCUGCUCUCCAUGGACUUCACCUGCCACGCCGACCUGCUGCUCUUCGUCUGCAAGGUUUUGGCCAGGAUCGCCAAUGCCACCAGACCCACAAUCCACCUGUGCGAGGUGGUGAGCGAGCUGCAGCUGGAGAGGCUGCUGCUGCUGCUGGUGGGGACUGACUUCAACAGGGGGGACAUCUCCUGGGGUGGGGCCUGGGCCCAGUUCUCCCUCACCUGCAUGGUGCAGGACAUCCUGGCAGGUGAACUGCUGUCCCCGGUGUCGCUGGAGGGGAUGGAGGAGGGCGCCGUUGGCGAGGAGGCGGGGGCGUCGGCCGGGGAUUCGGACGACUCCCUCCCUCAGCCGACCCCCAUCCCCCUGGUGGAGACCAUGGACGAGGCGCUGGCCCCGGACAUGAUCUCAGGUGCUCCACCUCUAUCAUCUUUGGAAAAAGAUAAAGACAUAGACUUUGACUUGCUACAAGACCUCAUGGAUGUUGAUAUUGAUCCUUUAGAUAUUGAUUUGGAAAAAGAUCCCCUCGCUGCCAAAGUCUUUAAGCCUAUUAGCAGCACCUGGUAUGACUACUGGGGCGCUGACUACGGCACGUAUAGUUACAAUCCUUACGUAGGGGGCGUGGGCAUCCCCGCGUCCAAACCGCCAGUCGCCACCGAGAAGCCCGGGUCCCAGAGCCUCUCUGUGUCUGUGUCGCAAGCGCUGGACGCCCGUCUGGAGGUGGGCCUGGAGCAGCAGGCUGAGCUCAUGCUGAAGAUGAUGGCCACACUGGAGGCCGACUCCAUCCUCCAAGCACUGACCUCCACCUCCCCCACAGUGUCUCAGUCUGCCAACGGCACGGAUGACUCCCUGCUGCGGGGGCUCCACGGGUCCCCCCCGGGCAGUGGGCUGAUGGUACAGUCCUCCUCCAUCCCCAUGCUGAGUGCCUGCUUUAACAAGCUCUUUUCCAUGCUCCAGGUGCACCACGUGCAGCUGGAGUCCCUGCUGCAGCUCUGGCUCACGCUGAGUCUCAACUCGUGCUCUGGGGGCAGCGAGGAGAGCAGCUCCGACGUCUUCUUAUUCAACGCCAGCCGAGUACCCACAAUCCCCCUCAACCAAGCCUCCAUCAGCAGCUUCCUGACGGUGCUGGCCUGGUACCCCAACACCUCGCUGCGCACCUGGUGCCUGGUGCUGCACAGCCUGACGCUCAUGACCAACAUGCAGCACAGCCCCGGCUCCAGUAACGGGAUGGGGGCCCCAGAGAGCACGGCCCAGCAGAUGGUCUCGGACCCCACGCUCGUGCACGUCCUCGUGCGCUUCCUGUCCGGAGGCAACCCCCACGGCACCAGCCAGCACAGCUCUCAGGUUGGGCCCACAGCAACACAAGCUAUGCAAGAGUUUCUCACCAGACUUCAAGUGCACCUUUCCUCAACCUGCCCCCAGAUGUUCAGUGAAUUCCUGCUCAAGCUCAUGCACAUAUUAUCAACCGAAAGGGGGCCGUUCCAGUCGGGCCAGGGCCCGCUGGACGCGCAGGUGAAGCUGCUGGAGUUCACGCUGGAGCAGAACUUCGAGGCGGUGUCGGUGAGCACCAUCGCGGCGGUCAUCGAGUCCAUCACCUUCCUGGUGCACCACUACAUCACGUGCGCGGACAAGGUGGUGUCGCGGAGCGGCUCCGACAGCUCGGUGGGCGCCCGCGCCUGCUUCGGCGGCCUGUUCGCCAACAUCAUCCGGCCCGGCGACGCCAAGGCGGCGUUCGGCGAGAUGACGCGCGACCAGCUGAUGUUCGACCUGCUGAAGCUGGUCAACGCGCUGGUGCAGCUGCCGCUGUCGGCCGACCGCGAGCACAGCGGCCGCCUGCCCGCCGCCGGCAGCGCCGCCUCCGACAGCGUCUCCGACGAGGAGAAGGUCUGCGGCAGCAAGGAGGGCCCCGCCGGGGCCGCCGCCGCCCACCAGGGCCCCGCCGCCGGCGUGGCCGACCUGGUGCUGGCCAACCAGCAGAUCAUGAGCCAGAUCCUGUCCGCCCUGGGCCAGUGCAACAGCAGCGCCAUGGCCAUGAUCAUAGGUGCCAGCGGCCUCCACCUGACCAAGCACGAGAACUUCCACGGCGGGCUGGACGCCAUCUCCGUGGGCGACGGGCUCUUCACCAUCCUCACCACGCUGAGCAAGAGGGCCACGUCGGUGCAGGUCAUGCUGCAGCCCAUCCUCACCUACAUGGCCUGCGGGUACAUGGGCCGGCAGGGCUCUCUGUCCACCUGCCAGCUGUCUGAGCCUCUGCUCUGGUUCAUCCUGAGGGUGCUGGACACCAGCGAGGCUCUCAAGGCCUUCCAUGACAUGGGCGGGGUGCAGCUGAUCUGUAAUAACAUGGUGACGAGCACGCGGGCCAUCGUCAACACGGCGCGCAGCAUGGUCUCCACCAUCAUGAAGUUCCUGGACUCGGGUCCGGGGAAGGCUGCGGACGGCAGCCUGAAGGCCCGCGUGCUGGCCUCCGAGCCCGACAACGCCGAGGGGCUGCACAACUUCGCCCCGCUCGGCACCAUAACCUCCAGCAGCCCCACGGCUCAGCCGGCGGAGGUGCUGCUGCAGGCCACGCCCCCGCACCGCCGCGCCCGCUCGGCCGCCUGGUCCUACAUCUUCCUGCCGGAGGAGGCGUGGUGCGACCUGACCAUCCACCUGCCCGCCGCCGUCCUCCUGAAGGAGCUGCACAUCCAGCCCCACCUGGCCUCGCUCGCCACCUGCCCCUCCUCGGUUUCCGUGGAGAUCAGCGCAGACGGGGUGAACAUGCUGCCCCUCUCCACGCCGGUCCUCACCAGCGGCCUCACCUACAUCAAGAUCCAGCUGGUGAAGGCGGAGGUGGCGUCGGCCGUGUGCCUGCGGCUCCACCGGCCCCGCGACGCCAGCACCCUGGGCCUGUCCCAGAUCAAGCUCCUCGGCCUCACCGCCUUCGGGAACACCUCCUCCGCCACCGUCAACAACCCCUUCCUGCCCUCCGAGGACCAGGUCUCCAAAACCAGCAUCGGCUGGCUGCGGCUGCUGCACCACUGCCUGACGCACGUGAGCGACCUGGAGGCCAUGAUGGCGAGCGCGGCGGCGCCCACCGCCAACCUGCUGCAGACCUGCGCCGCCCUGCUCAUGUCGCCCUACUGCGGCAUGCACUCGCCCAACAUCGAGGCCGUGCUGGUCAAGAUCGGCCUGCAGUCCACCCGCAUCGGCCUCAAGCUCAUCGACAUCCUGCUGCGGAACUGCGCCGCCUCCGGCACCGACCCCGCCAAUUUAAACAGCCCUCUACUCUUUGGAAGGCUAAACGGCCUGUCCUCCGACUCCACCAUCGAUAUCCUCUACCAGCUUGGGACGACGCAAGACCCUGGGACCAAAGACAGGAUCCAGGCCCUGCUGCAGUGGGUCCAGGACUCCUCGCGCGUGGCGGCCCUGAAGAGGAGCGGUCACAUGGGCUACGUCAGCUCCAGCGGCUCCCCGAGGGAGUACGGCCUGCUCAUGCCCUCGCCCUCCCACCUGCACUGCGUGGCGGCCAUCUUGUGGCACAGCUACGAGCUGCCCGUGGACUACGACCUGCCCGUGCUGCUCAACAGGGAGCUCUUCGAGCUGCUGUACAGCUGGUCCAUGUCCCUGCCCUGUAACAUGGUGCUGAAGAAGGCGGUGGACAGCCUGCUGUGCUCCAUGUGCCACAUCCACCCCAGCUACUUCUCCCUGCUGAUGGGCUGGAUGGGCAUCAUAGCCCCGCCCCCGGCGCGCUCCCAGGCCCAGCACCGCCUCUCCAUGACCGACGACGGCAAGAAGCAGCAGGACCUGAGCGCGGCGGCGCAGACGGACGACUCCAAGCACGCGCAGGCGCCCAUCGCGCUGUCCGAGUCGCAGCUGGCCACGCUGGCGGCCGCCUCCCAGUCGCCGGAGGCCAUCAAGCAGCUGCUGGACUCGGGCCUGCCGUCGCUGCUGGUGCGCAGCCUGGCCAGCUUCUGCUGCGGCCUGCUGUCCAGCUCCGACCUGCCGCUGCCCGCGCCCGCCGAGCCGCCCGGCGGCUCCGACCGCGCCCGGCGCCACCACGCCGCGCCGGCGGCCAGCCGCAUGCCCCUGACGGCCGAGCUGGUGGCGCCCGUGCUGCGCUUCCUCACCGACGUGGGCAACAGCCACGCCAUGAAGGACUGGCUGGGCGGGCCCGAGGUGAACCCGCUGUGGACCGCCCUCCUCUUCCUCCUCUGCCACUCCAGCGCCAGCGCCGGCGGCGGCCACGCCCACGCCGCCUCCGCCCCGCCCCCGCAGCCCUCGGGCUCCCGCUAUUCGCUGGCCUCCUCGGCCCGCGGGGGCGGGCUCACCACGCAGCAGAGGACGGCCAUCGAGAACGCCACCGUGGCCUUCUUCCUGCAGUGCAUCUCCUGUCACCCCAACAACCAGCGGCUCAUGGCCCAGGUGCUGUGCGAGCUCUUCCAGUCGGCCCCGCAGCGGGGGAACGUGCCCAUCUCCGGCAACAUCUCCGGCUUCAUCCGCCGCCUCUUCCUGCAGCUCAUGCUGGAGGACGAGAAGGUCACCGUCUUCUUGCAGUCCCCCUGCCCGUUGUACAAGGGACGCAUCAACGCCACCAGUCAUGUGAUCCAGCACCCCAUGUACGGAGCGGGGCACAAGUUCCGCACCCUGCACCUCCCCAUCUCCACCACCCUCGCCGAAGUCCUGGACCGGGUGUCAGACACCCCGAGCAUCACAGCCAAGCUGAUCAACGAGCAGAAGGAGGACAAGGAGAAGAAGAACCACGAGGAGAAGGAGAAGAUGAAGGCCGACAGCGGCUUUCAGGACAACUACAGCGUGGUGGUGGCCUCAGGCCUGAAGUCCCAGUCGAAGAGGGCGGUCUCCACCCCGCCCCGCCCCCCUUCUAGGCGGGGCCGGGUGAUGAGCGACAAGCUCACGGCCUCGUCGGGGGUGGACUCCUCCUCCAAAACCAUCAGCGUGCCCGUCUUCCACCUCUACCACAAGCUCCUGCCAGGUCAGCCCCUCCCCGCGGAGAUGACCCUGGCCCAGCUCCUUACCCUCCUGUACGACCGCAAGCUGCCCCAGGGCUACCGCUCCAUCGACCUGACGGUCAAACUGGGCUCCAAGGUCAUCUCCGACCCCGGCCUCUCCAAAACAGACUCCUUCAAGCGCCUGCGCACGGAGAAAGAGCACGCGGACAUGCUGAACGCCUGCCCGGAGGACGAGCCCAUGGCGGCGGGCGAGGACGGCCUGGAGGCCGCCAUCGACGAGUCGCUGCUGGAGACCGGCCCCAUCCAGUCGCCCCUGCAGGUGUUCGCUGGGAUGGGGGGCCUGGCGCUGAUCGCCGAGAGGCUGCCCAUGCUGUACCCCGACAUCAUCCAGCAGGUCAGCGCCCCCGUGGUGCCCUCCAGUACCCAGGAGAAGCCCAAGGACAGCGACCAGUUCGAGUGGGUGACCAUCGAGCAGUCGGGCGAGCUGGUGUACGAGGCGCCGGAGACCAUCGCCGCCGAGCCGCCGCCCAUCAAGUCGGCGGUGCAGACCAUGUCGCCCAUCCCCGCCCACUCGCUGGCCGCCUUCGGCCUCUUCCUCAGGCUGCCCGGCUACGCCGAGGUGCUGCUCAAGGAGCGGAAGCACGCCCAGUGCCUGCUGCGCCUGGUGCUCGGCGUCACCGACGACGGCGAGGGCAGCCACAUCCUGCAGUCGCCGUCGGCGAACGUGUUGCCCACGCUGCCCUUCCACGUGCUGCGGACGCUGUUCAGCACCACGCCCCUCACCACGGACGAUGGCGUGCUGCUGCGCCGCAUGGCGCUCGAGAUCGGCGCCAUCCACCUGAUCCUGGCCUGCCUGUCCGCCCUCAGCCACCACGCGCCCCGCAUCCCCAACGCCAGCGCCAACCAGGCUGAGCCUCAGAUGUCCAGCGGGCACGCGGGCGGCACCAGCGAGGAGCAGCAGCUGUACUGGGCCAAGGGCACCGGGUUCGGCACGGGCUCCACCGCCUCGGGCUGGGACGUGGAGCAGGCCCUCACCAAGCAGCGCCUGGAGGAGGAGCACGUCACCUGCCUGCUGCAGGUCCUGGCCAGCUACAUCAACCCGGCGGGCUGCACGGGCCCCGGGGGGGAGGCCCCCGCGGGGGAGAGCCGGGGCCACAACAGCAACGCCCUGCCCUCGGUGCUGCAGGAGCUGCUGAGCCAGUCCUGCCUGAUCCCCGCCAUGUCGUCCUACCUGCGCAACGACUCCGUGCUGGACAUGGCGCGGCACGUGCCCCUGUACCGGGCCCUUCUGGAGCUCCUGCGGGCCAUCUCCACCAGCACCGCCCUGGUGCCCCUGCUGCUGCCCCUCUCGGGCGACCCCGGCGACGAGGAGGAGGAAGAGGAGCGCUCCGAGUGCCAGACCUCCGUGGGCAUGCUGCUGGCCAAGAUGAAGACCUGCGUGGACACCUACACCAACCGCCUCAGGUCGAAGAAGGACAAGAGCAAAGGGGUGGCGAAGGCGGAGUCCUCGGACCCGGAGCCCGAGGGCCUGACCCUGCUGGUGCCGGACAUCCAGAAGACCGCCGAGAUCGUCUACGCCGCCACCACCAGCCUGAGGCAGGCCAACCAAGAGAGGAAGCUGGCUGAGUCUUCCAAGAAAGCCUCCACCCGACCCAAGCCCCUCUCCAUCCUGCGUUCCCUGGAGGAGAAGUACGUGGCCGCCAUGAAGAAGCUGCAGUUCGACACCUUCGAGAUGGUCUCGGAGGACGAGGACGGCAAGCUGGUGUUCAAGGUCAACUACCACUACAUGUCUCAGGUGAAGAACGCCAGCGAUGCCAACAGCGCCGCCCGCGCCCGCCGCCUGGCGCAGGAGGCCGUCACCCUCUCCACCUCGCUGCCCCUGUCGUCCUCGUCCAGCGUCUUCGUGCGCUGCGACGAGGAGCGGCUGGACAUCAUGAAGGUCCUCAUCACCGGUCCUGCUGACACGCCCUACGCCAACGGCUGCUUCGAAUUCGACGUGUACUUUCCCCAGGACUACCCCAACUCGCCCCCGCUGGUGAACCUGGAGACCACUGGGGGGCACAGCGUGCGCUUUAACCCAAAUCUUUACAACGACGGCAAAGUGUGUUUAAGUAUACUCAACACCUGGCAUGGGAGACCGGAGGAGAAGUGGAACCCUCAAACCUCUAGCUUUUUACAGGUGCUGGUGUCGGUGCAGUCCCUCAUCCUGGUGGCGGAGCCCUACUUUAACGAGCCCGGGUACGAGCGCUCCCGCGGCACGCCCAGCGGCACGCAGAGCUCCCGCGAGUACGACGGCAACAUCCGCCAGGCCACCGUCAAGUGGGCCAUGCUGGAGCAGAUGCGCAACCCGUCGCCCUGCUUCAAAGAGGUGAUCCACAAGCACCUGUACCUGAAGAGAGCGGAGAUCAUCGCUCAGUGCGAGGAGUGGAUCGCCGACAUCCAGCAGUACAGCAGCGACAAGCGUGUGGGCCGCACCAUGUCCCACCACGCCGCCGCGCUCAAGAGGCACACAGCCCAGCUGAGAGAGGAGCUUCUGAAGCUGCCCUGUCCCGAGGGCCUGGAGCCCGACGGAGAAGAGUUCUCAGAGAAGAGCGUGGCCCUCCUGGCCAAGGAGCCGCCCAAUCAGGACGCAGAGAAGCCGAGUGGCAGCCAGGACGCCCACUGCAGCGACGGCCAGCUAUGAGCUCCUCCCACAACCUCCCCCUGACCCGCCCACCCGACCCCACGGGCCACUCCUCCUCGCCACUCUUACUAUUGAUAUUAAAUAGACUUGAUGGCUUCGAAGCACAAGCCAACAUUUUGUCAAUAUUUGUAUGUAAGAAUCUAAUUAAGUAAUAUCUAAAAAUGAGAAGGAAAAAAAGAAACAAAACAAAAACACAAACCUGACGAAAGGAAGAGAAAAAAGACAAAAGUCCCACAAAACUAUGCUAUGCCCAUAAUAAGACAGUCCAAACAAACAAAAUUAUCUUUUAUUUACCUGUAAAAGAGUGUAAACUUUUUUGUGCUUUUAUUUUUCAAUUGUGAAAUAACCACUGAUUGGUAUGUUAUUAAACUUGUUUAUGUAUACAUAAUGGCAGAGGAAAUCACGAAUAUAUAAGGGAACUACCUUUAGAAAAGAAUGUUUACUGAAUGUUAAUUUACAUUUUUUUUGACUGUUAGUGCAAGGACAGUUGUAACCAAGAAUAUAUUGGUCAUUCUUUAAGGAUACUAUUUAAAAGAAAAAGUUUAAAACACAUACACUUCUUCAAUUUAAGGAAUCUUCUGGUUGCCCAUUUACAUUGCUUAUUUGAUUUCUACAGACUCCUGUAUACUUCAAUAAAGGCUUGAAUGGACAUUCUUUAUCGCUAUGGUUACUCGUUACCUUUUUACUGGGCGGAUGACAUGUUCAGUAAAAUGCGUACACUGAUAUUUUUUUUUCUUUGCCUCACUAAUUCUAAAUGCAAGUUUAAUAAAUGCAACCUGUUUUACUUUG